UGUAUUGUAAUUUACAAAACGUAAGCAUAUUUCGGUAAAAUUAUUGUACAAAAACGCCAUAGCAAAAUAAAAGUGACGUUUGAUGUUAUACUCUGUAAUAAUCUUCAGUGAACGCGUAAUAGCGAAAUACAAAACAACAAAAAACACAAUACAUUAUCUGGAAUUAUAAAUUAAAUACGCGGACCAGGGCGGGUAAAGUCGAUGCUACAAUUGUUCACCAAUUACUGAGCGGAAGUCGAUAUGGACGAUAUUCACCGGGAACUGCUGCUGAAGAGGCAGCGGUACCUGCGCGAUAACGUGAUCAUGGAGGAAGGGCUGUUGUCGAAACUGAGAGAGAGUGGCGUGUUCAACACGUCCAUGAUCCAGGUCAUUCAGAGCGAGAUCGACAACGACAGGCAGAUGGCGCGCCUGCUGGAUAUGUUGACCAAGCGCGGACCGGAAGCGUACGACAAGUUCAUGGACUGCCUGAGCGAGGACUACCCCUGGGUGGUGCAGAACUUCCGAGAGAAGGAGGCCGAGCUCAUGGAGCAGGAUAGAGCGGAAUCCGACGUGAACCGGGACAUCCGGCAGACAGUGAAGGAGUACGUGAAGGAGCUCGCGCGCACGACUCGCAUGAACAACGCACAGCGGAAGAACGUCGAGGACUUCCUGUGCCGCCAGAUCACCAUAGAUACCAACCUGAACAGUGGCAGCAUGCCGGGUCGCAAGCUGUACGCCAUACACAGGCGCCUUAUGCAAGGGAUCCCGUUGUCGUCUCUCGACGAAAGCGACCAGGGUGACCUUGAAAACAUACUUCCGGACAACGUCACCAUCGACAAGAUCGAAAAAGAGGUCAGUCUACUCGUUGAUCGGGUACAAGAACUAGAGACAAUUAUAGAAAGCUGCUAUGAAAAGCUUGGCGAAACCAGUAAAGACAAGUUUCUACCUGAUUUGGUAUUCUGUCAGCAUAAGCUCCUAUUGGAGCGAGACAUUAAAAUCGAAGAGCUGAAACAAAAGGUGCAAUCGCAGCAGAAGACGAUGCGUCUAGCGCGCGAAAAGGAAAGACGCGCCCGGGAAGAAAGCGAGAAGAAUAAGGAGGGCAAAGACGAGGUGGAGAAAUCGCUCGACACGCUAAAGAUAAAGAUCCAGAAGAUGCAAGAGGAACGGCAACGGAUGGGGAUGCGAAUGGCGUUCGACGUCGCGUUCGGCUCCACCAUCCACCCCAACGUCCCUUCCGGUGUAGCGUCACAGGACCGACCGCGGAAACACAGACGAUCGUCAGUUGAUAAACAGACAGAGGGCGACGACAUGCAGAAAGAUGGUGAAGACAACACCAGCUAAUGAUGUAGAGACGGCGCUUUUUGUACCAUCAGCAAAACAAUGAGAACGGUUCUAGUUCUAUAAAGUGCUGUAACAAAAUAGACAUUGUGUUAUGCAUGCCAAUUAAAUAACUAUGAUAUCGCAGAUACUGAUCUUUGUGGACAAGGUAACCUUAUGUAAAGGUUUACAUGUAUGCCUAAAUUACUGUUUAAUUGUUGUUGUAUUAAAUUGCUAAACUUAAAUGACACUGACUUGCCGUUUGCUGACCUCGUUUAUGGUCAUAUCUGAAAGCUCUGUGAGUGUAUAUUUAUUUUUUAAACAUUUACAAAUAAAACUAUUGGCACUGAA